AUGGCUCAGCAUAUAGAUCCAUCGUCUCGCUCACACGAAGGCUCAUCAUCAAGUUACGGCACCAUGGAAGCUAAAGGACCAACUGUCUCCGACGACGAGGUCAAGCAAGACCCGACUUCGAAACAGCCUGGGGUCGCUAUCGAUGCUGCCUAUGCCAGCGAAGAUGAAGGCGACACAACAACAAAUCCUUUCCGGGAUCUGAAAGUCGCGGAGUACUACGUCGAUUUGUAUGAGAAGGCCUCCUAUGAGUGUCGCCACGUUUUCGAUCCGGCGCUAGAGUGGGAGAAGAAGGAGGAGAGAAAGCUUGUGAGGAAGCUUGAUUGGCAUGUCUGUACGUGGGCAUGUAUCAUGUUCUUUGCCUUGCAAGUUGAUCGUGGAAACUUGGCUCAGGCUGUAAGCGACAAUAUGCUUGACGAGCUGGGUCUAACUACUAAUGAGUACAAUUAUGGUAACACUAUCUUCCGAGUCUCCUUCCUGCUUGCAGAACUACCGUCACAGCUCAUCUCGAAGAAGCUCGGUCCUGAUCGUUGGAUUCCAAUGCAGAUGUGCUUGUGGUCCAUCGUUGCAGCGUCGCAAGCGGCGCUUAGUGGGAAAGCAAGUUUCUAUGCUUGUCGAGCCUUGAUCGGUGUGCUCGAGGGUGGCUUCAUCCCGGACCUGGUGCUGUGGCUAUCAUACUUCUACACAUCUUCGGAGCUCCCCAUUCGGCUCUCGUUCUUCUGGACUGGACUGGAUCUCACGCAGAUUAUCACAUCGCUCCUUGCCUUCGGACUGCUACGCAUGGACGUUAUUCAAGGACUAUCAGGAUGGCGAUGGCUCUUUCUAGUCGAAGGCGUAAUCACCUUGGCUGUUGGUGUGGCAACAUUCUUCUGCAUGCCCUCCUCCGCGGUAGCGACCAAGACAUGGUUCCGACCCAAGGGCUGGUUCACAGAUCGCGAAGUCGGCAUCAUAGUCAACCGGGUGCUUCGCGACGACCCUACCAAAGGCGAUAUGCACAACCGUAUGGCCAUAACCCCAGCCCGGCUCUGGCGCGCCCUCUCAGACUACGACCUCUGGCCAAUCUACGCCGUCGGGCUAAUCGUCUUUAUGCCAGUCGGUCCACCAUCUACAUAUCUGACCCUCACGCUCCGCAGCCUUGGUUUCAGCACCUUCGACACAAUCCUCUUAGUGAUACCUUCCACAGCUAUUAGCUGCCUUACGCUCAUCGGUCUUACUUGGCUUAGCGAGCGCUUUCACGAGAGGUCAUUCUUCGCCAUGAUCCAGAACAUUUGGGCUAUGCCUUGCCUACUCGCGCUCCGCUUCUGGCCAGGGACUAUGACCGACGCAUGGGGAACUUACGGCCUCAUUACCACCCUCCUUGCGUACCCUUACUGCCAUGCCAUCGCCGUGGCUUGGGCUUCACGGAACUCGGGUUCUGUGCGGACACGAUCUGUUUCGGCGGCCUGCUAUAAUAUGUUUCACCUCCGCUCAUGCACCAACAUGCACCUUAAAUUCGCAGACUCAUCAAAUCAGACGUGA